GUACAAUCAAAAGUGCUAUAAAACAUCGAAUCCUGUUUUGACGUUUGGUGAAAACUCGGGAAAACACGAAGAUAGCGCGUACUCAGUUUUUAUCAGGAGAGAUAAGAGCGCGGCAUCCAACGAUGUAUGCACCAUCUCCACGUGAGCCAGAGCAGUAACGAUAUACUAUGUGUGGAAAAUGCGUUCCUGUCGCAUAUCGCAGGCUCUCGGAUUAGAUAGAGGGUGAUGGUUGAUAAACUGGGAGCGGAUGAGCAACUGCGGAAACUCGCCUAGCGCCAUUGAUUGUUCUCCUGCGUGCAGAAUUGUCAAAUGAGUAUUUUGUUUGGUUUGUCGAAGAAGGGCAGGACAGACGGGAAGCGCAAGGCCCAAAAAGGGGAGUAAGAUUAAGGGCAGUUUGGUGGUGGCAAACUGUAAAUAGAGCAGGAGUGAAAUUCUAUGCUGUCGUUUUUUCCACCGAGCGCAUUCUUCUCACUAAACGGUUCCGUUCUGUCCGUGGAACGCCAGGAAAAAGAAGGCUUAAUAUUACUGUUUGUUGUGUGUUUUUUGUGCAGAGUAGCCAGUCCUUGUGCGAAUGUGUACAGGAGUUGUGUGGUGUUUAGUUCGCGUUUUCGGCAGCUUCCCAUAAACCACCCCCCGCCCUUGUUAGCCCAGCCUACACACAUUUUUCGGACACUCGGCCAUCCACACACACACACACAUACACACCCAUAUGCGCGUACACAUACAGUAGUGUGCACGCACGUACCGCGCCACAAACACACACGCAUUCGAUCCUAAUACGCCAGUAGGAUGGUAAUCUGAAAACGGCCAGAAGCACAAGGCAGCCAGCCCACGGUUGUGUCGCGCGCUAGUCGGGUAGAGCGAGGGAAAAAGUAUCAGGUUUAGUACGGCAAAUGUAAACGCAAAGCGUAACCACACAGUUCGUCCUCAAACAAACAUCGAAUUUUUGCUAAUUUAUCCAUCGUUGUUUUUCAUGCGUGAGAAAGCAUUGUGAUGUUUGUCGUGUUGUACAAAUGUUGUUGAUAGUGAGAGCACAGUAACGCAUUAUAGCAAAAAAAACACGAAGGGAGUCGCGAUUGUUGCCAGUUCUAAGCGAUAGCGAGUUCUUGUUAGAGUUAUUAUAUAUUAUAUACAUACAACAGUAUACACCAUAUAUAUAUAUAUACCUAUAUAUACACACAAAACACGCACUAGGAUACACACGCACAGUGUCCAAACUCCCGCUAGUUUCCCAACACGUACAAGCGAGUGUUUGUGACGAAAAUAGUAGCUGUCCCAAGAGCAACAAACAAGCAACAACUUCCUUUUUGCAAUCCAACGAACGAACGUACGAACGAAAUCAACAAACAAAUCCACCAAGAUGGGCGAAAUGGAUAGGAAUAACAAGAAAAUUUUACAAAACAUCAAAAUGCCCGAGCAAAGCAAUGAUUACCGAGUGGUGGUAUUCGGUGCCGGAGGUGUUGGCAAAAGCUCGCUGGUAUUGCGAUUCAUCAAGGGAACAUUCCGUGAAAGCUACAUUCCCACCAUCGAGGACACGUAUCGGCAGGUGAUAAGCUGCAAUAAAAACAUAUGCACACUGCAAAUCACCGAUACGACGGGUUCACAUCAGUUUCCGGCAAUGCAGCGGCUGUCUAUCACCAAGGGUCACGCAUUCAUACUGGUGUACUCGGUCUGUUCGAAACAGAGCCUUGAGGAGCUUCGGCCCAUUUGGAGCUUAAUCAGAGAGCUGAAGGGUGAAGAAAUAUCCCAGAUACCUGUAAUGUUGGUUGGCAACAAAUGUGAUGAAAGUGAAGACUUACGAGAAGUGACCAACAUCGAAGGUCAAACGGAAGCCGCUACCUGGGGAGUAUCGUUCAUGGAAACGUCUGCCAAAGAAAACCACAAUGUUACCGAACUGUUUCAGGAACUACUCAACAUGGAGAAGAACCGUAACGUAUCACUGCAGCUCGAUGGGAAGAACAAGAAGAAAAACAAAAAGAAAAUGAUGAAAGAGCAGGCGAAGGAGGAAAAGCUGCUGAAGGAGAAGAAAGAAAAACAGAUGCAACGAGAGAAGGAAAAGGGUAAAGAAAAGGACAAGGAUAAAGAAAAGCAAACGAAAGAGAAAGACAAAGGAAAGGAUGCGAAGGAUAAGGCCGGUGCCGGAAACGCGCAGCCAGCGCCGGCUGGCGAAGGGAGCGGUACACUAAAGGAAAAGUGUAAAGUAAUGUGAAAACCCAGCUACGCAGCACCGAAGACGACCAUUACGAUUAUUAUGACGGCACGCUUACUCAACAAAUGAUCAAGCGCGGACGAGUCCGCCGUUUAAAAAUUCGUUAUAUUAUUGAUAUUAUAUGAAAGCGAAAGAAAGGCAAAAGGCGCGCAGCAAUUGCAAAUGGACAUGAAUCGAGUAAUGAACACACUCAGAAACACACCUAGACACACCAGAUAUACAAACAGGAUGAUAAUAAUGGAUCUGUACAUAUGCUGCGGUGGAAGUAACCAAACGGCCGCGAUAUGGAAAAGGACGACGACGAUGAAACCGCGAAGGAAAAUACAAAUGGCCAGGAAGGAAUGCAAUUUAGCAAUUGAGGAAUGCAACAAAAAAAACAGAACGUCACGGUUUGUGUCCGUUUUUGGCAAACCAAAAGCCUCUGCGGUGCGGAAGCGCUACAUCCACUAAAUACUUAUAUAUAUAUGAAAUUCAAAACGUAUCGCGCGUAUGCAACAAGCAAUCGACAUGAUAGGGACACGUGGUGAGGACGUAGGGAAUGUGGACAAACAUUGCUUGAUAAGCAUUGGUUCGGGAAUAUUAUUCUUAGGACAGCAUUCAUAUAUACACACACCCACACACACCGACACACAAGAACAAAAUACCAAUUCUCUUAGCUAUAUCUCUUAGCUUACCAAAUAAUACACACGAAUCGAAUAGACGCUUAACUGAAGUGCACUAGAUAUAAAGAAAAGCAACUGUAGGAAAUUUAACAAUAACAAUGAUUAUAUUUUGCUUCAAAUAACAAAUAAUAAAUCGUUGAGAUAAUCACUAGUGUGAGACCGUUA